GGCCAGGGGUGCCGUCCAGCCUGAAAGAGAGACACUGCAGCAAGUUUGCUGGGAAGCCCACCAGCAAUCUAACAUGCCUCCAAAGAAGCCCGAACCUAAGAAGGCCGAACCUAAGAAGGAAGAACCCAAACCAGCUCCUAAACCAGCAGAACCAGAACCCAGAAAAGAAGUUGAAUUUAACCCAGCUUCUAUCAAAGUUGAGUUCACCCCUGAUCAGAUUGAAGAAUUUAAGGAAGCAUUCUCACUCUUCGACCGGACUCCUAAAUCUGAGAUGAAAAUCACAUAUGCACAAUGUGGAGAUGUCCUGAGAGCUUUGGGGCAGAAUCCAACUCAGGCUGAGGUCAUGAAAGUGCUUGGCAGACCCAAACCAGAAGAAAUGAACUCCAAGAUGAUCGACUUUGAGACCUUCCUGCCCAUGCUCCAGCAUAUUGCCAAGACAAAAGACACGGGCACCUAUGAGGACUUUGUGGAGGGUCUGCGCGUGUUCGACAAGGAGGGAAAUGGAACUGUGAUGGGGGCUGAACUCCGCCACGUUUUAGCUACAUUGGGUGAGAGGUUGACUGAAGAGGAAGUUGAUAAGUUAAUGGCUGGUCAGGAAGAUGCCAAUGGCUGUAUCAACUAUGAAGCUUUUGUGAAACAUAUCAUGGCUAACUGAACGCCAGGACAAGAUAGGCGCCGAGAACUCCAGAUGUUGGCCUUGGAUUUCAACGUAAUGGAAUGUCUUCUCAUUUUUCAGCCUGGAUUCCCAUUACAGAGCUACAAAAUG